GUUUUCUGAUAAGCGCGCGGUUACCUAAAUCAGAAUAUGCCCGACAUAGAUAGAGAUGCCGAAGGCACAGAUAGGAUUGUCAAGUAAAUAUGACAGGGGGGGGUUAGAUUCUUAAACUUUGAGAUUGACUUUGAGAUUGACUUUUAGACUACUGGUUGGUCAAGUUUAUCUAGACCAUAAUAAUCUCAUUCUAAUGUCACUCUUACAAUCACCUCAGGCAUCAAAUGCUUUGAGUGAGAUAAGAUCAGUAGACUCAAAAAAUGAUCUUCAACUAGUUACUGAUCCUUUAGAAGUAAUUGAAAUUAUUAAUGAUCAAGAAGUUAGAAACUAUAAACUUGGAGUUAUACUAUUGGUAGUGGCUGUUAGUACUUGGAUCAUUGGAUUAGAAUUAGUUAAUGGGAUUUUAAAGGGUGAUGAUUAUCAUAAACCAUGGUUAUUCGCAGUCAUAACUGGUUCAUGUUUUACAUUAAAUUUAGUACCUGAAGUAUACUUCUUUUUCAAAAAUAUUAUUAUUACUUCAUUGUGGAAAUCGAAAUCUUGUUCAGAUACUCCUAAGAUUUCAUCUUCAGAACCUAGAAUUGGUUCUUCCACAUCUCAUCAUAAAUCAAUUGAAAAGUUACUUGAUGAUGAUUAUAUUCAUCAACCUCGACAAUUAACUAGUGGUGAAAUUUUUAUAUUAGCGUUACAAAUGGCCAUUAUUUAUUAUCUUUAUAAUUUAUUUGCCAUGAGUAGUUUACAAUUUACAUCUGCAUCUAAUCAAACUGUAUUAGGAUCUACUACUUCCAUAUUUACUUUAUUAAUUAGUACAUAUUUAAAAAUUGAUAAAUUUACCUUAAAAAAAGUUAUUUGUGUUGCUAUAAGUUGUUUUGGAGUAUUUUUAGUUAAUUUCAGUGAAUCUAGUAAAGAACCAAAGGAUGGAAAUAAAUUUGUACCUAAAAAUCCCAAAUUAGGGAAUUCUUUAGCAUUAUGUGGAGCAUUAAUGUAUGCAUUAUAUUUAAUUGUUAUGAAAGUAAGAGUUGGUACAGGAGCUCAAACAACUAAUGAAAGAAAAUUAUUUGGUUAUGUUGGGAUCUUAACCUUUUUACUUGGAAUACCAAUCUUAUAUUUUGCCGAUAAAUUCAAUAUGGAAAAGUUUGAAUUCCCUCCACCUUCAAAUUCUAUACUAAUACUGAUUAUUGUUAAUGGUACAUUUUCAGUAAUUUCAGAUUAUACUACAAUUUUGGCUAUGUUAUUAACAAGUCCAUUAGUAACUUCAUUAUCUUUAACUUCAGCCAUUCCAAUAACAAUAUUUAUUGAUUGGAUAAUUAUGGUCAUUACUUCCGAUGGAGAAUCUAAAACUUCAAAAGGUUUCCUGUAUUUCUUGGGGAUUAUAAGUAUCUUAUUAGCCGUUAUAUUAGUUAAUAUUAAUAUUGCAUCAGAAAAUGAAUUAAUUGAAGAAGUUAUUGAAGAUGCAUUAGAAGAAGCAAUUCGUGAAGAUGAAGUAUUAUCUCCACUAUUAUCACCUUUAUUAUCUCCCCAUCCAAAUAAUCCAAUUGAAGUUAAUUCUCCUCAUUUCCCAAUUCAAGUAGGAGUAUCUGGUUCAACUUUAUUAGCAAGCUUUUCACCUAAAUUAGGUUCAAAGAGUCAGAAACAACCUCCAUUAAUUCGACAAUUAUCUGGAUUUAAUCUAAAUCAAAAUGGAUUUAACUAUUCCGAGGGAAACCAAUCUAGUCCUUUGAAUCCAAAUCAUUCUAGUAAACUAUAUACUGUUGAUCCUAGACAACAGGCUAGCCUUGUAGUUAUAUCAGGUGGUAAUCAUCAAUACCAGGUUAAGAAUCUUGAUGUUCCCACUUCCUCUAGUGAUAUUGACAGUAGAUUAGAUGAGUAUGACGAGGAAGAGGAGAUAUAAUUGGGCAUAAUUUUAUUUAAUAUAAUAUAAUAUAAUAAU